UUUGAACCUGAACAAAUUCCUGAACAGGAAAGUCAACCAAUCGUUGAUGAACAAUUUGAACCUGAACAAAUCCCUGAACAGGAAAGUCGACCAGUUGUUGAUGAACAAUUCGAAUCUGAACAAAUCCCCUUGAGAGAAUCUGAACCAUUGGAAGAAUAUCCAACAGAGUCAGAAUUAACAACAGAAACUAUUACUGGUGAACCAGAAACUGAAACAUUUGAAGAUGAAUUUGAAGAAACUCUUCCUGAUGGAACAGUAGUAACUCGAAAAGUCACACGUACAAGAACAGUGACUAAAGUAACGCAACGAACCACAAUGGAAGGAUUUGAAGACGAGUUUGAACCUGAAAGACAAGUUGAGGAACAAUUUGAACCUGAACAAAUUCCUGAACAGGAAAGUCAACCAAUCGUUGAUGAACAAUUUGAAUCUGAACAAAUCCCAGAGCAGGAAAGGGAACCAGUUGUUCAGGAACAAUUUGAACCUGAACAAAUUCCUGAGCAAGAAAGGGAACCAAUUUUUGAUGAACAAUUUGAACCUGAACAAAUCCCAGAACAGGAAAGUCGAUCAAUUGUUGAUGAACAGAUUGAGGCUGAACAAAUUCCUGUGAAAGAGUCUGAACCAUUUGUAGAAUAUCCAUCAGAGCCAGAAAUAACAACUGAAACUAUCACUGGUGAACCAGAAACUGAAACAUUUGAAGAUGAAUUUGAAGAAACUCUUCCUGAUGGAACAGUAGUUACUCGAAAAGUCACACGUACAAGAACAGUGACUAAAGUAACCCAAAGAACCACAAUGGAAGGAUUUGAAGAUGAAUUUGAACCAGAAAGACCAGUUGAGGAACAGUUUGAACCUGAACAAAUCACUGAACAGGAAAGUCGACCAAUAGUUGAGGAACAGUUUGAACCUGAACAAAUUCCUGAACAGGAAAGUCAACCAAUCGUUGAGGAACAAUUUGAGCCUGAACAAAUUCCAGAGCAAGAAGGGGAACCAAUUGUUGAUGAACAAUUUGAACCUGAACAAAUCCCUAAACAGGAAAGUCAACCAAUUGUUGAGGAACAAUUUGAACCAGAGCAAAUGCCUGAACAGGAAAGUCGACCAGUAGUUGAGGAACAAUUUGAACCUGAACAAAUUCCCGAGCAGGAAAGUCAACCAAUUGUUGAGGAACAAUUUGAAUCUGAACAAAUCCCUGUUAGAGAAACUGAACCAUUUGUAGAAUAUCCAUCAGAGCCAGAAAUUACAACAGAAACUAUCACUGGUGAACCAGAAACUGAAACAUUUGAAGAUGAAUUUGAAGAAACAUUACCUGAUGGAACAGUAGUAACUCGAAAAGUCACACGCACAAGGACAGUGACUAAAGUAACUCAACGAACCACAAUGGAGGGACCUGAAGAUGAGUUUGAACCAGAAAGACCAGUUGAGGAACAGUUUGAAUCUGAACAAAUUCCUGAGCAGGGAAGUCAACCAAUAGUUGAUGAACAAUUUGAACCUGAACAAAUUCCCCAGCAAGAAAGGGAACCAGUUCUUGAGGAACAGUUUGAACCUGAGCAAAUUCCUGAACAAGAAAGAGAACCAAUUGUUGAUGAACAAUUUGAAUCUGAACGAAUUCUUGAACAGGAAAGUCAACCUAUUGUUGAUGAAAAAUUUGAAUCUGAACAAAUCCCUGAACAGGAAAGUCGACCAGUUGUUGAUGAACAAUUUGAAUCUGAACAAAUCCCCUUGAGAGAAUCUGAACCAUUGGAAGAAUAUCCAUCAGAGCCAGAAUUAACAACAGAAACUAUUACUGGUGAACCAGAAACUGAAACAUUUGAAGAUGAAUUUGAAGAAACUCUUCCUGAUGGAACAGUAGUAACUCGAAAAGUCACACGUACAAGAACAGUGACUAAAGUAACGCAACGAACCACAAUGGAAGGAUUUGAAGACGAGUUUGAACCUGAAAGACAAGUUGAGGAACAAUUUGAACCUGAACAAAUUCCUGAACAGGAAAGUCAACCAAUCGUUGAUGAACAAUUUGAACCUGAACAAAUCCCUGAACAGGAAAGUCGACCAGUUGUUGAGGAACAAUUCGAAUCUGAACAAAUCCCCUUGAGAGAAUCUGAACCAUUGGAAGAAUAUCCAACAGAGCCAGAAUUAACAACAGAAACUAUUACUGGUGAACCAGAAACUGAAACAUUUGAAGAUGAAUUUGAAGAAACUCUUCCUGAUGGAACAGUAGUAACUCGAAAAGUCACACGUACAAGAACAGUGACUAAAGUAACGCAACGAACCACAAUGGAAGGAUUUGAAGACGAGUUUGAACCUGAAAGACAAGUUGAGGAACAAUUUGAACCUGAACAAAUUCCUGAACAGGAAAGUCAACCAAUAAUUGAGGAACAAUUUGAACCUGAACAAAUGCCUGAACAGGAAAGUCAACCAAUUAUUGAUGAACAAUUUGAAUCUGAACAAAUCCCAAAGCAGGAAAGUCGACCAAUAGUUGAGGAACAAUUUGAAUCUGAACAAAUCCCAGAGCAGGAAAGUCAGCCAAAAGUUGAUGAACAAUUUGAGCCAGAGAUAAAAACAGAAAUAAUCACUGGUGAACCAGAAACUGAAACAUUUGAAGAUGAAUUUGAAGAAACUCUUCCUGAUGGCACAGUAGUAACUCGUAAGGUUACACGUACCAGAACAGUCACUAAAGUUACAGAGCAUACAACUGUAGAAGGCUUUGAAGAUCAGUUUGAAAGUGAGAAAGAACAACCCAUCGAUGAGCAGUUGGAACUGACAGAGGUUCCUGCCGAGGAGAGCCAGCCUGUUGUUGAGGAGGAGGUUGCACCAGAAGCUGUUAAAGAAGAAGAGCUGUCUCCAUAUGCUGUUGAGCAAGUGCUAGACAAUGAAGGCCUUGAAGAGGUUGUUAAAGAUGCUCCGGAAGAAG